CAUGAUUUUUGUACCAUUCACUGGCGUAGACAACCACAUGCAUUGUGUGACCUUUGGUGCUGGGUUGCUUUUAAAUGAGACUGUUGAAUCUUAUAAAUGGGUACUCCAAGCAUUCCUGAAAGCACAUGGGACUGAACCCCGGCUGAUCUUAAGCGAUCAGGACCCGUCGAUGAAACAGGCUAUUCAACAAGUCUUUACUACAUCUCGUCACAGGCUUUGCAUGUGGCAUAUUAUGAAAAAGCUACCAACCAAGAUUGCGGGUGACCUGUUGCAAAACACUGAUGUGAGGGCUUGCAUUCAUCGACUGGUUUGGAAUGUUUACAUAAAGCCAUCUACCUUUGAAUCGCGAUGGGCAGCGUUGCUGGAAAAAUUUGGACUACAAGACCACCAAUGGCUCAAUGAGAUGUACGAAAUCAGGGAUCGUUGGGUACCCGCAUACUUCAGGGACAUCCCUAUGUGCUGUUUGAUGAAGACGACUUCACGUUCCGAAAGUUCAAAUGCAGCUUUCAAAGUUAACUCUACCAGCGCAAAUACUCUGGUUCAAUGGCUGCUAUGUUAUGACGCGCGAAUUGACGCACAACGUUACCGCCAAAGAGUUGCUCAUUUCAAAUCUUCUUCCAUCGUUUUCCAUGGCAAAAGCAAUCUACCCAUUGAAGAACAUGCGUUCGCUAUUUAUACUCACACUGUUUUUCACGUUGUUCGAAAAGAAAUCCUCAAGGGAAAGUUUUACUGCUACAUCUCAAACCAAGCAGCCGAAGACGGCACAAUGGUUUUUUCUGUUACACAUGAAGACAACGUUUUCACGGUCAAGUUUAAUAACGUUGAUAGGACAGCAGAUUGUUCUUGCCGUGGUUUCACUCGCAUGGGCUACCUAUGUCGCCACGUCUUUUGUGUGUAUCGCUUACAACAUGUUGAUACGAUCCCAGCCCAAUACAUAUCUGAUAGGUGGCGGCGUGAUAUAUUGCCAAAGAGAGUGUUUUCCGUCGAGAGUCGUUAUGGUGUAGACACGCAACCACAGGACGUUAUGCGAUCUGAGAUUAUUGACGUGGUCUCUGACUGUGUGGAUGUUAUUCGAAACGAUGUUGAUUCACUUUCAUCCUUGCUUGAACAGCUAAAACUCAUCAAAAUGAAUUUUUUAACAAAGGGAUCUAGCCAGAUGCCAGCCCAAGUGCCAAGUGAGGAUGUCUUAGAAGAACUGAUUGGGCAUCCAAGAGAGAACGAGGUUGUGGUGAAUAACCCUGAUGUGGCGCGUAAUAAAGGAUGUGGUAAACACCGUCGCAUUACUGGUAGCAGCAACCAGGCAGCUCCAAAACCCCCAAAGGCUGCUCGACUGUGCCGAACCUGCAUGAAGUACGUCACUGGCCAUGAUUCCCGUAAUUACAAAAAAUUCACCGAUCCAGAUAGCAUCAAUCAGCCCCCCAACCCAAAUGACAUGGGGUCUUCAUCUGCCCUUUAGUUAUAUAUGCUAGCUGACGACAAUCGCUUACCAGACACCAACUUUUGACACGUGUUAUCAAUGGUAACAGUAUUUUGGACUUUGCACCUCCCAUGCAACAGUAAAACUGUUACGUGUGUAACACGCAUUAUCCAAUGGUUGUUUUUGUUUAGGUAAGCUAAUUUUUGCAACUUUAUUGGUGAAGCUUAGUAUGUUCUUCAAUACUUAGUUUAACGUAUGUAAGUUUCAUGUGAAACAUAAACAAUAUCCCGCUCGUGUUUCAACAUGUAUUUUGGUUGUAAUUUGACAAUGGCAUGGUUGCCCUUAACUUGUGUUUACUAGUUGUGUAUAUUC